AAGGCGUGGCUUAGUGUAAUGUGGUACACCUGUGUCUCUGUUGUUGCGACAAACCAAAAAGUCUGCUGUGAAAAUGCCAUGUUACGCUGGAGAGGCAGAUGGGCAAUAUGAGAAGAAAGAUAUGAUUGCAUCCAAGUCCCCAGCAAAAUCUGUGGACAUCAGCAGAGCAGCUGGGAGUGCUGAGUGUGAACAGGUGAUCAGCAGCAGAGAUUUUCCAAAUAAACCAAAAUAAAGGAAUUGUGUGAAGAUCGUUCGAAUGAUACCGUGUGAGAUGCUAACGAGACUAACAGGGCAGAUCAAAGAAGAGAUCCGUGUCAAAAUAAAAGGAAAAGCAACUCGUAACCAAAUUGUUUGCUCUGCCUCCGGACGGGGGGGCGGAGGGGGGUCUGCCAAGUCCCCCAGUCCGGCAGUUGUCCUGGAUACACGAACGGUCGCGCGUCAAACUUGCAGAAGCUGCAGCGUGCGUGGAGUAAAACUAAUCUCACCCAGACUGAGCGGACACCCACAGACCUCUGGACACACCGUGACUAAACAUGUACACCAUGAAGACGUGGGCGCUGCCUCUUCUCAUCACUUUAUUGCACUGUCCCGUCUGUCUGUCAGUGAAAGUAAGCAGCCGUAAACCCAAGGUGGAGGUCCACGAGCACACAAAUGCUGUUCUUCAGUGUGAGUUCAGCACAGUGAAAGAUCAAAACCCUCGAAUUGAGUGGAAGAAGAAAGGAAAGGAGGUGACAUUUGUGUACUUUAAUAACAAAUUUACUGAGUCUUAUGCCGGACGGGCAAAGAUAGAGGGAGCAACUCUGACGAUUCACUCUGUUACUCAGAAAGACUCGGGGGAAUAUCGCUGUGAAGUGACUGCCAGCGAGGACCAUGACAGCCUUGGGGAGGUUACUGUAACCCUCAAUGUGCUCGUGCCUCCUCAUGUCCCGUCCUGUGAGGUACCGAGCUCUGUGUUUGUGGGCUCAGGCCUGGAGCUUCUCUGUAAGGACAAACUAAGUGUGCCUCCUGCCACCUACCGCUGGUACAAAGACAACAAGGCUCUGACGGCCACAGCAGACACUCCGUACAGCAUUGACACGAACAAGGGCACACUGAAGUUAAAGAGCGUGUCCAAAACAGAUGCAGGGAUGUACCGAUGUGAAUCCUCCAACAGUGUGGGGGCGCCCAAGAGCUGCGUGGCCCAGCAACUUAAAGUUAUUGACUAUCCUUUAAAUAUGACAAUUUUGAUAGCAGGAGCUGCAGGUUUUCUGAUGCUCAUCUUCUUAUGCUGCAUCUGUGUGUGUGUCUGCCGACGUCGAGGCUGCUGCAAGAGCAUGUCAAUUCAGUCUGUUCACUAACUUUGAUUCAUGGCCACCAGAUUGGUAAGCAAUUCUGACUUCCUUCUUCCAUCUUUGUUUGAGUCAAGGAAUGAACGUGCAUCUUGUUGAACAAGUUAAAAGUCUAAAAAGCUAAGAUACCCCAAACACAGCUUUGCUUCUCUCCUGGUUGUCAGCUUGUGUGGACUGAACAUCAGACCAAAGAAUGGUCAUCAUCUGAUAAUUUAAAGAAUCACCUGAUGGCAGUCAAGCACAGAGCAAAUCUGAUGAAGCAACAUGUGAAAUGCAUAGUUAUUGUCUUUGAAGAUUACAGACAUAUCAUCAGUAUCCUGCUGAGGUUUUUAAACUCUUACUCUAUUUAUGUUUUUCAAAGUAAGCAGUGGCUUCUGUCUUUUUGUCAUGAGUCUAAAAUGUGAACCUAUGAUUUACUGAGAGGUAAAGAGACAGGCCAGAAAGAGUAUUGGUAUGUGUACUGGCUGUAAUGAAAUGUGUGCCAACCAACAGGCAGAUGCAGUAAAAGUAUAGAGAAGUAUAAAUACAAAAUGUAAAUAUGCUCCAUUGCAAGUAAAGCUCUUACACUCUGUCCCUCACAUCAUCCACCGCAGUUUCGCUCAGUCCAAGCAAGUGUUUUAGUGUUCUUCAGCUUGUUGUUUUGAUUCAGGGUAGAUUUACUGUUUCAAGUUGCACUGUAAAAUAUACUGAACACUUUCUGCUCAGCACCAAAGAGCAGACAGAACACAGAGCAGUGUGUAGAGAGUAAAGAGACAAGUGUUUACCUCUGGAGAGCUAAAAAUUAAUAUUAGAUGUAUAUUUGUCAGCCGGACAGAAAUAUGACUGUUUGGGCUUACUUGAGUAAAUGUAGUAGUUAAUAUACACCUGAUUAAAGAGACAAAUGUUCAACCUCUUUGGCAAGUAUGAUAGUGAUCACGUUCUUCAUGAAAAACUCUGCUAUGUUUUGUUAACACUUUGUUUGUUUUUCUUUGAACAGAGGACAGGAAA